AUAUAAUUUGCGCAAGAGGUCCGUGAAGAAAGAGCACAGCAAAUGAAGUUGGUCGGAAGAGAGGGAGAAAGAAGGGGUUGUACCCACUGUUUUCUCUGUUUAUGGCCGUAAGGCCCUUCCACUUCAUCGCUUCCGGCCAUCACAACCGCAUCCUUCUCUUCAAUCAGACGUUGUCGUCCUUCAUUUGCCCCAACCGCCCAUUGUUAGGGUUCCCGCUUUCUGUUACCCAGCAACCCCGCAAACAAACCCCGCUACAGCGGCUGUACUCCUCGCAACGCCUCCGGCCGCGGGUGUACUUUCCAGAGACCCUGGCUCAGAAGUUCGGAAAAGCUAUUCGCCGACCUGGCGCCCCAUCGAAGGCUCGGGUUUACGCGGAUGUCAAUGUUACUCGACCUAAAGAGUAUUGGGAUUACGAGUCGUUGGCCAUUCAAUGGGGGGAGCAGGAUGAUUACGAGGUAGUGAGGAAAGUUGGAAGGGGAAAGUACAGCGAGGUUUUUGAGGGAGUUCACUCUACGAAUAAUGAAAAGUGCAUAAUCAAAAUACUUAAGCCUGUCAAGAAGAAAAAGAUUAAAAGGGAGGUUAAGAUACUACAAAAUCUAUGUGGCGGACCAAAUAUUGUGAAGUUGCUUGAUGUUGUCAGAGAUCAGCAGUCAAAGACUCCAAGUCUAGUCUUUGAAUAUGUGAAAAACACAGAUUUUAAAGUGCUUUACCCGACUCUUUCUGACUUCGACAUUCGAUAUUACAUUUAUGAACUUCUCAAGGCCUUAGAUUUUUGUCAUUCUCAAGGCAUCAUGCACCGCGAUGUGAAGCCUCAUAAUGUCCUUAUUGAUCAUGAGAAGAGGAAACUUUGGCUAAUAGAUUGGGGACUCGCAGAGUUUUAUCACCCCGGGGAGGAAUUUAAUGUUCGUGUGGCUUCUAGAUAUUUUAAAGGCCCUGAACUUCUUGUUGAUCUACAAGAUUAUGAUUACUCGUUGGACAUGUGGAGCCUUGGCUGCAUGUUUGCAGGAAUGAUAUUCCGAAAAGAGCCAUUCUUUCAUGGACAAGACAAUUAUGACCAACUUGUGAAGAUUGCUAAGGUAUUAGGGACGGAUGAGUUAAAUGCUUAUCUAACUAAGUAUCAUUUGCAAUUAGACCCAAACCUUUCAGCUCUUGUUGGAAGGCAUAGCAGGAAACCAUGGUCAAAUUUCAUCAAUUCUGAAAAUCGACAUGUAGCUGUACCUGAGGCCAUUGACUUUGUGGAUAAGCUGCUUCGAUAUGAUCAUCAAGAAAGGCCGACUGCAAAAGAAGCCAUGGCUCAUCCAUAUUUCCACCCUGUGAGAAAUGCUGAAAGCAGCAGGGCUCGUUAACAUUAGAGGAUGCUUCCUAUUCUUGGCAUCUUUUUUCCUUUUUUGGAAGUUGAUAAUUGUGAAUUGCGGAAGAAUUUCUGUGAUUAAAAAAAUUGGUCCUUUGCCCCCUUUCCCCUGUUUCAUUCAUCUGUUAGAAAGAAAAUUUUCCUUUAGAAUAUCGUCAAAAUUCUGACAUGUAUGUUUGACCAUUUGGCAUCAUAGCGUGCGCUAUCAGCAGCAUUGUGGCCCUUUUAAAUUUUCUGCUGGGUGUGGUUUUCAUGCGAAGCCAAGUCUGCUAGAUUUUCCUUUUAUUG